AUGCAAGAAGCCCUUGAAACAAGAGCCAUGAAACUGUACAUCAUCUUCUUCCUGGCAGCACUGAACAAAGAAACCUCUAACUAUCAACUCUCAGAGGGGGCAUCCUGUGAAAUGGCAAACUCUCAGGCAUUUUGCCACAACAAAGACCUCCACCAAAUCCCUCUUGAGCUCCAUCCAAAUGUAAACAAAAUAGAUCUGUCGGGAAAUCUGAUUCAAAGCAUUCCUGAAAUGUCAUUAUCAUUUUACACUUUCCUUCAGUGUCUGGAUUUAAGCUCUAACCAGAUAAGUUCCAUCACGCCUGGAGUCUUUGCACACAUGAAGAGUUUGCUGGAAAUAAAUUUAGCCAACAAUCACUUAUAUGAACUUGCUCAAAAUGGCACAGAGGGGAUUGGACUCUUACCCAAGGUGGAAAUACUGGACUUGUCCCACAACAGUCUGUACAGUGGGAUGGCUGAGUAUUUCAUUAAAGAAGCUCCAGCACUGCAGUAUCUUUCCUUGGUAGACAACAGUAUUACAAUGAUAUCACAAAAGAUGUUUCAGGGAUCUCCCAAUCUUGUGGAGAUAGAUCUUCAGAGCAACAUCAUCAUGGAAAUAGAAGAAGGUGCUUUUGAGACUCUAGCGAGCUUGUCCAAACUCAAUCUCUCAAAGAAUUCAAUUACUUGCAUCUCUGAUUUUAACCUCAGGCAGCUGGAGAUACUUGACCUUAGCAGGAACAGCAUUGAGACCUUCCAUACCACAAAAUCAGAUGAUGAAUAUAGCUUAAGGUAUUUGGAUCUGAGUGAAAACAAACUGUUUCACUUCCCAGUGUUCCCUCAGGUAAAUAAGCUGGUAUCUCUGAAUUUAUCAAAGAAUUUAAUUCAGCUCACUGCUGAUUCCCCUCAUAAUAAAAUGGACCAUGUGAAAAAUGAAUGGCUAAAUGCUUCUUUCCAUCUUCUUGAUCAGAAGCAAAGUAGAAACAAAAGUUCUCUUUAUUUAUCCCAGCUUGUAUAUUUAGACUUAAGUUAUAAUAAGAUCAAAUCCAUUCCAGAUGAGUUCUUUGAAUCAAUGUUGUCCCUUCACACCCUUAAUCUCAGUAAAAACUGUCUUCAGGCAUUUGCAGUAAGUUAUGACAGCGCAUUGAUCACUUUAACUGUCCUUGACUUGAGCUACAAUGUUUUGCAGAGCCUUCUCCUUGAUGCUGGUGCAUUGUCAAAUUUGAAGGAGCUCUAUAUUCAAAACAACUAUCUUCAAACCCUGCAGUUUGAUAUCUUCUCAAAUCUUCCUAGCCUUAGACUGCUUAAUCUACAGAGCAAUAAUAUCAGCCUUUGCAGCAUGUACUCAGGAUUAGCUAAGCAAAGACUUGCUGGAGAGGAAAGUGGUUGUGUAUCAUUUGUCAGUUCUCCUACUCUUCAGUACUUGUACCUAGCUGACAACAUGCUGAACAUCCUACCAGCAUACAGCUUCUACAAGACUUCUCUGGUUGCCUUGGACCUCUCCAUGAACCCUGGACUGAAAAUAGAACUUAAAGCAUUAUCAGGUCUGGAAAAAUCUCUGGAAUGUUUGUAUUUAUAUGGUAAUAGCCUGAUAGAUUUAAAUAUUGACUUGCCUUGUUUUAGUCACCUUAAACAUUUAAACCUCUCUGAAAAUCAGCUGAGCUGGCUGCCUACGUGGGAUAGUGACUCUCCACUAGAAGUUCUGGACCUACGGAACAACAGGUUCAGUACAUUACAGAACAGCAAUAUUUUAGCAUUAGAAAAUUCACUUAAAAACUUGUAUCUCACCGGGAACCCACUCAGCUGCUGUGGAAACAUCUGGCUUUCAUCAAUGAUCCAGAACAAAAAUGUCCAGAUCCCCAACGUGGAGUAUUUAAUGUGCCAGCACACUCAGAAUUUUGGGUACCAGGAUGAAAUGAACAUCAGGAACAUUAGACCAGAAGACUGUGAAAAAGAGGAUCUGAAGAAAAUCAACUUUCUUAUUAUAUUAACGUUUGUGUUGGUUUUAUCUGUGAUCAUCAUUGGUGUAGGUUCAUUUCUUUGCUUCCGCAGGCAGAACUUUACCCAUCAGUUUAAAGCAUAG